CCAUCACAACUGAUCGCCCAUCAGUCCCGCCAACCGUUUCUUGGGUCGCGUCUUUCUUUCUUCGGCCGCACCGUCGUAGCACCAAGCAGUGCAGAGCCGGCGAAUAUGAGCACCGGAUCUCGCUUUGGCUCGGUCUACACUCUGCCUCUUCUUCCGCCCUCCUAGAACAACACUCCCCCAAUGCACUUCACUGUGCCGUCGUCUAGUUUCAAGCUGAUACAAGACCUGCUGAAGUCUGGCCGCGCGCUGCUCCUACCCGACGAAAUCUAUCCUGGCCCCGCCGCGCGCACGAAGGCGAUGAAACACACGGCGCCGCCGAGGCUGGAUUCCGCGUACGACGCGUGGCUCUCGUCGCGGAUGCGCGACGGAGAGGAGAUGCUCUCGCCGGGCGUCCAUCGCAGCUUCUCUAUCCGGAACGUGAAGCUGGCUUACACCAUCGUGCGGACGUGCGCAUUAGACCUCUUUCUCGACAUCCUGGAACUGCACAGAAUGCGCACAAUUGUCAUGAUGUCCCUCAACAUUAUCCGAAGCAUAGUUCCUGCGUUCCGAGGGUACUCCCAGGCCCUCAUCAUAGACGAGCUGCAGUCUCUGGUGACAUCGGGCAACUUCACAUGGGCAAGGCUGCUGUAUCUUGUGGGGUCAGAGCUCACCCGGAGGUUGUUCGAAAGCCUGUUGGAUUCAUUUGCUGCAGCCAAUGAGACGAAGGUGAUCGACUCGGCGCGCUUUUUUGUGGAACGGGCGCAGCUCGAGCAACGGCUGCGCCUCGACAUACCGACGCUCGCGGAUCCACAGGUGCGGGCCCUGCUCCAGGAAUCUGAUUUGUUUGCGCGAUCAUUCAGCGGGAGCGGAUUUGGCUUGUUGUCCCCUUUAGACUUUAUUCACAUCAUCUCCCUGACAACCGAGAUAUUCUCCCAUGUCUUGCUCAUCUUGUCGCUGACGGGUGGAGCGCCCGCCCAGCUGGGCGUGCUGCUGCUCUCGGUGGUCUCGGCCACGCUGCCGUUACUGUUGGCCCGGUUGCGCUGCUCGGAGGUGCACUCCGAAACGAUGUACACGACCCAGGAGACCCGGGCCGCCGAGCGGCAGGAGCGGAUGCGCAAUUGGGCGUACAACGAAGCUCACCGGCCCGAGAUCGAGUUGUUUGGCCUGGGCGGAUGGAUACUGGACACAUGGACCAAGGCCCGGCAGCUCGUUCUGGACUCUGAGCAGAAUCAUCAUCUGCGAGAUCUUUCGCCGCUUUCGAGAUUGAACUUUUCGGAUCUGCUUUUUGCAUUGCAGAAUGUGCCGCUAGUUCUGUUGUUACAGACCUCAUCCGCUAGCCUUGGGUCCCUGACGUUGUAUCGGAGUUCAAUCCAAGCUGUUAUCUAUGCAUCCAAGAACCUGCUUGCGACGUCGACGAUGGCCUUCCAGGGGAUAUUCUUCAUGUCGGCAUUCUGCGCCGGACGGAAUAUCAAACCCCAGCUGCAACCCGACGAGGAAGAUUCGGUUUGUUACAACACAUCUCUCAACGGAGCGAGCAUCCAGGCUCGAAAUCUGUCGUACACCUAUCCGGGAGCGUCCGAGCCUGCCUUGGACAACAUCAGUUUCACGCUGAACGCGGGUGAGACGUUGGCUAUAGUUGGCUAUAACGGUUCUGGGAAAUCAACGCUUGCAAAGAUCUUGCUACGAAUCGUCGACUUUGAUUCGGGGGAGCUCUACGUCAACGAUGUCGACAUCCGCCGAUACGAACCAUCAGAUUACCACCAGCACAUCACCGGGGUAUUCCAAGGCACGAAUGGCGGGUUUUCCAAAUUCAACACUACCGUGCGCGAGAACGUCGGCUUAGGACGUGUCGAGCGGCUGAGAUCCAAGUCACUGGUCGAGAAGUCCAUCCGACUAGCGCAAGCGGACGAUUUGGUCAACUCACUUCCGUAUGGGCUCAGAACGGAUCUGGACACGCCAGGGUUCGAGUCAAUGUCGUAUCCCGGCCAGGGCUUUUCCCGACUCCACGGUCUCUCGGGCGGGGAGUGGCAACGAUUGUCUAUCGCGCGGGCGUUCAUGCGAGCAAGCGAGCCACAGGUGGAUCUGAUGCUGUUUGAUGAACCGACGUCGUCUCUGGAUGCGCAUGCCCAGAAUCAGAUUUUCGAUGCAAUACACCGGAUAUCCCAUUCCGGCCGCGGGAAGAGUGUGAUAUUCAUCACCCAUCGGUUGUACAUCGCCAAACGCGCCGACAAGGUUGCGAUGAUGCAGGACGGGACGAUUAUUGAAUUCGGCAGCCACGACGAGUUGAUAAAGAGGGACGGCGCUUAUGCGGCGCUGUAUCGCGCCUCUGUGUAGUCUGUUCAGUUGAACUUCGGCAGUGUACUACUGUACAUACAUACACAUUACAUAGAUGUAAUCUAAUUUUAA